AUGCCAGCUACAAGCCUUGCCUCAAUGAAACCUGUUCUGAGCACGGGGUUUGCAAGCCCUCGCCUGAAAAUGCAGAGGGUUUUGAAUAAACUGAUAAUCUCAAUAUCAAGUUCUAUUGCCGUCGUGGUCUGUUUGGUGGUGGUCGUUCUUGUGGCAAUCCUCGUAGGCAAAAAGGUCUGCGGAAGGAAACGGCUUUCCCAGCAUGGAUUUAUUUACUCUGCUAAUGACGGGGAAAAACAAAUGACAAUGGCGAUUGGUGAUGACCAUCCAAACUCUGGUCGAAACUCCCCGCAUGAGUAUGCAGACAUCUACAAUCCUGGUGAACACCUCAAUGACGAGGACCGAAGUAGUGUGGAUUAUCUUACGCCCUGUUACCGUCCCGGGCAAACGGCGGACGCGGAAUCUCCUUUCACCUCCGCCCCAGAGGAGCCUAGGGGAGGCAACGCAGCAAAUGAAUACACCCUGGUUGUUUCUGAUGAUACUGCAAGCUGA